GUUGGCGGCAGGCCUGGGGUUCGGGUGUAACUGCGAGCCAGCAGCAUUCCCCGCAUCCUGACGUGUUUCUCCGGGAGCAGACUGCGAGACUGACGCCUCAACGCUUCCAUAAUCCUCUACUGCUGCAGGAAGAAAGCUUUUCCUUGGCGUUGCAAAUAUGAAAACGAUGACAGGGUCAAACGAGUUCAAGCUAAAUCAAACCCCAGACGAUGGCAUUUCCUCAGUAAAGUUCAGUCCAAAUACAUCCCAGUUUCUGCUUGUUUCAUCCUGGGACACAACUGUCCGACUCUAUGAUGUUCCUGCCAACACCAUGAGGCUUAAAUAUCAACAUUCAGGAGCUGUUCUUGACUGUGCUUUUUAUGAUCCUACCCAUGCCUGGAGUGGAGGAUUAGAUCAGCAAUUGAAAAUGCACGAUUUAAACACGGACCAAGAAAACCUUGUGGGUGCUCAUGAUGCUCCUAUCAGAUGUGUUGAGUACUGUCCAGAAGUGAACGUCAUGGUGACUGGAAGUUGGGAUCAAACAGUUAAACUGUGGGAUCCCAGGACUCCCUGCAAUGCAGGAACCUUCUCUCAGCCUGAAAAGGUCUACACGCUUUCUGUGUCUGGAGAUAGGCUGAUUGUGGGGACAGCAGGUCGGAGAGUGCUGGUGUGGGAUCUGCGGAACAUGGGUUACGUUCAGCAACGAAGAGAAUCCAGCCUGAAGUACCAGACCCGCUGCAUCAGAGCCUUCCCCAACAAACAGGGUUACGUUUUAAGUUCAAUUGAAGGUCGUGUUGCAGUGGAAUACUUGGAUCCAAGUCCAGAAAUCCAAAAGAAGAAAUAUGCUUUCAAAUGUCACCGCUUGAAGGAGAACAACAUUGAGCAGAUUUAUCCAGUCAAUGCCAUUUCUUUCCACAACGUCCACAACACCUUUGCUACAGGAGGUUCUGAUGGGUUUGUAAACAUCUGGGAUCCCUUCAACAAGAAGCGGCUGUGCCAGUUUCAUCGGUAUCCCACAAGCAUAGCGUCCCUUGCCUUCAGCAAUGAUGGCACUACCCUGGCCAUAGCUUCUUCAUAUAUGUAUGAGAUGGAUGACAUUGAGCAUCCUGAAGAUGGUAUCUAUAUUCGCCAAGUGACAGAUGCAGAAACAAAACCCAAGUCUACUUAGACUUCUGGUGAUACUUCUCUACAAGAGCUGUCUGCCUGCUCCUGACAAGUCUAAAUGAAAACAACAGAAGUGAGAAGAACAAUCUUUGUACUGAUGCUGCUUGCUAACUAAGAAAUACUUGUUUGUUGUAAUCUGUCAGUGCUUGCCUGUUUAUAAUGUUAGCAGAACUGUUUUCUUUAUCUGCUGUCUGUAGCUGUUAGGUUAAUUUGCCUACUGAACUAAACUAUAACUUCAUACAAGCUUAGCACAUUUUGUUAGUAUCUAAUGAUGAAACCUUCCAGCAGUCU